UGUACGUAUCGAGAAUUGAAAAUAUGAUACAUAUACAUAUAUCUAUGGCCCAUAUUUUAUGGGAAAUUGAUAAUGUGCAAAAAUGUCAUCGUUAAUACAACGACCGUUGCUCCUAAAAGUACGAUAUCAACCAUGUGUGCACCUAAUGAUUGGAAAUGUAAACUCUUUUAUCUAUCAUAGAAAAUUCACAAUCUCUUAUCAUUUAGAUUCCAUAUGUACUUAAUUGUACCAUAGACUCCAAUAACGAACCAAUUAAUUAUGCUCUCUUUCCCUAUAUAUACCCAUGCAUCAAAUCAAUUCAAACACAAACAUAAACACAAACACAACCUCAAACUCACAUAUAAAAGAUGACAAAACCAGCUAUAACAUUUCCACUUAUCUUCACACUUCUAACCUUCAUCGAUGUCUCGAGCAGCGCCUCCAUCGUUUUCAACGUCGUGAGCUUCGGGGCCAAACCAGACGGAGUCACCGAUUCCACCGCAGCAUUCCUCAAGGCAUGGCAAGGGGCUUGUGGCUCGGUAUCUUCAGCCACGGUGGUGGUCCCCACGGGGACAUUUUUGUUGAAGGUAAUAACGUUUGGAGGACCAUGCAAGAGCAAAAUCACAUUUCAAGUGGCCGGAACCAUCGUUGCUCCGGAAGAUUACAGGACCUUUGGCAAUUCCGGUUACUGGAUUCUCUUCAACAAGGUUAACAGAUUCUCACUGGUUGGUGGGACUUUCGACGCUCGAGCUAAUGGGUUCUGGUCUUGCCGGAAAUCUGGUCAGAAUUGUCCUCCCGGUGUUAGGUCAAUAUCGUUCAACUCGGCAAAAGACGUGAUCAUAAGUGGAGUGAAAUCCAUGAACAGCCAGGUCAGCCAUAUGACCCUCAACGGUUGCACCAAUGUGGUCGUCCGUAACGUCAGGCUGGUGGCUCCCGGAGACAGCCCAAACACUGACGGCUUCACCGUUCAAUUCUCCACUGGAGUCACAUUCACCGGAAGCACCGUUCAGACCGGAGACGAUUGUGUUGCUAUUGGUCAGGGGACCCGCAACUUCCUUAUUUCCAAGCUUGCUUGUGGCCCAGGUCACGGGGUUAGCAUCGGGAGCUUGGCAAAGCAGUUAAACGAAGACGGAGUAGAGAACGUGACAGUAUCGAGUUCGGUAUUCACCGGAACACAAAACGGCGUGAGGAUAAAGUCAUGGGCGAGGCCGAGUACCGGAUUCGUUAGGAACGUCUUCUUCCAAAACCUAAUCAUGAAGAACGUCCAAAACCCUAUCAUAAUCGACCAAAACUACUGUCCCUCCAAGCAAGGUUGCCCUACUGAGCAUUCAGGGGUGAAGAUAAGCCAAGUGACCUAUAAGAACAUACAAGGAACGUCGGCGACACAGCAAGCAAUGAACCUGGCUUGUAGCAAGAGCAAUCCGUGCACAGGAAUCACAUUACAGGACAUUAAGCUUAUUUACAACAAAGGAACCCCUGCUACUUCCUUCUGUUUCAAUGCUGUUGGGAAAAAUCUUGGUGUUAUUCAACCUACUAGUUGUCUAAACAGAUAAAAUUGUAAGAUGAAACGGUGAAAUCUUAUUAGGGAACUGAUUUUUCAAAUAGUUUUCUGUAACAAGGUAUGAUCACCAAUUUCUGUAACAUACAAAAAUAUAGUAGUUUUUUUUUUUUUUCAUUAAUAAAAUAUUAUUUUCAAGAAGACUUUGACUUGUUGUCACCAUCACAUUGUGUGCUUUUGCUCUUUGAUCUUUGAUUUGGACAACAAAAAUAUAAAACAAAACUAAAGAAAUUAGGGAAAAGAA